UUACUCUUAAAAAUGGAGCUUUGAGAAUUAUGACAUUGAAAAAAUGCCAUUAUUUGGGAGAACAAAAGACGCCCAAGGAAAUGCUCCUUCUACUGGCGAAAAUCGUUCCCAUCAUACCAUUCUCAAUUCUCGGGCAUCUCCUACUACAGGAUCCAUAAUGGGAGAUAUCAUUCAAUUGGAGGAUUUUGGGGAUUUUUGGAGUAGUAGAGCAGAAUUUGUUUUUGCGACAUUGCUUUAUUGUCUGAACUUGGGAAAUUUAUGGAGAUUUCCCACUCAAGUGAUGCGGUAUGGAGAAGGUGCUUUUUUUUACGUUUAUAUUUUCUUAAGCAUAAUCUUCGGUAUCCCUUUGCUGUUUUUUGAAAUUGCAAUUGGGCAAUACACUAACAAAGGAUUAAUGAAAGUUUUCCAUAUUAUUCCUGUAGCUGAAGGUUUGAGCACUUCAAUGGUUUUCUUCUGCAACACUGUUAUUCAUGUGUUCGAUAUGAUUAACAUAUACAAUUUCAUAUAUUUUUUCUCUUUUGUUCGCACCAAAGCACCACUUUCUUCUAGAGAACAUUAUGGUGAGAUGUGUUUUUACGAGAAUCGGACCAAUACCCACGAGAAUCUACAUUUCUUAAAUGAGGUUGUAAUGGUCAGUGAUGAUCUGAACUGUUUAUUCAAUGCAAGAAAUUUGUGUAUCACUUUCGUUGCUUGGUUGAUGAUCUGGGUGUACACCGCAAAUGAAUAUACUGUGAAGAAACACUUCACAAUGACGCUUUAUAUAUCUACUUUAAUCGUUCUCACCAUCACACUGAUAGCGACAACGACUGUUGCAGGUGGAGGUGAUGGAAUAAUACGCCUUUUAUCUCCGCCUUGGUCCAGUUUUACAUCUUAUGAAGUGUAUGUUCAUGCGUUUGAACAAGUGCUUGUAUCGCUUGGUUUGGGUAUGGGUCCUUUGAUAAAUAUUGGCUCAUACACGACCUUCAGAACGCCUAUCAACAUAGAUGCCAUUACUGUCGCUGUAUGCACCAUGUUGGCCACCUCCUUCAUGACAUUCAUAGUUUUUGGUGCUGUAGGAGUUUACACCGAAGAACUGGGUUAUUCUGACGUCAAAUUAGAAGGACAAGAGUAUUAUGUCCACACUCUUCUAGCGAAACUGUUUAUAAGAAUGGCAAAAGGCUACAAAAACUUGAAUAUUUUCCUUUUCUACGGAAUCUUCUUCGCUGUUGGAUUCAUUAUUUCAGUUAAAUACUCUGAACUGUUGCUGCAGUUCACGUAUGCAAAAUGGGACAUGAAUCCCAAGCACAAUUCGAAGAUAACAUUCGCCUUAUGCAUGUGUCAGUUCUUCAUAUCCAUCGGUAUGAUCAGCUAUCAUGGAAUCAAUCUGCUGUAUUGGAGUGCGAUGAAUAUAUUCCUGGUUUUCUCCGUUUUGACGUUGGUAGCACUUGAGCUAUCGGCUGUACUUUUUAUCUACAGGUUGCAUAAUUUCUGUGAAGAUGUGGAGUUUAUGAUUGGCUGUAAACCCAACUGGUGGUACAAGAUAAUUUGGUAUACCACGCCCUUCAUCAGUGUGGCUGUGUUAGCUGGAUGUUGUUACGAAUACUCUCAAAAUGAUCUUGAUUGGUAUGAUCUAUUUUGUUUGGUGAUGUAUUUUGUUGUAGUUUGGUUACCAGUAUUUUACGUUGCUAUAUGUGCCUGUAUAUCUGAACACAGGAAAGGGGAGAUAAAUAGAAUUUUCUAUCCUCGAGAAGUUCAAACAGCUUUUCAAGAUUACAUGAACUGGAGAGAAACUGCAUCAAUUAAUUCAAGAGAUUUUUGAAAAUAAAAUUAAGUUAUUGUUGGUUUUUCAUACUAGACCAAAACUUCGUAUUCUGCUUGCAUUGAUUUUUAUAUUUGAGGAAUUCAAUAAAAGAAAAAUGU